CUGCUUCUUUCUCCACUUGAAACCCACGCCCUUUCUUUCUUCUUUCCUCUGCGCGUCCUUCCAUUAACGCCUUCUUUUAAUUUCUUUCUUCCUCGAGAUACAUCACUCCUCCUUUACACCCUCUCUACACUCUCCCUGUAACCUUCCUAUUCCAAUCCUUCUCUCUCCGGCUUCUGCAAAUGGAAUCCUCUUCUCUCUCUUCCACAAUCAGACCUGGUGUCAACUCCUCUCCUUCGCCUCUCUCUUCUUCUUUCUUCUCCUUCUCCCAAAACCCUAACCCUACUCCUAACUCUAUUAGCCUCUCUUAUACCCAUAUGAAACCUCUCUCUCUCACUUCCUUCAAAUCCGUUAGAUGCAUCCAAUCCUCCGCACAUUCUCCCUUCACGCCGACUUUGCAUAACCCUAGUCCCUCUUCUUUCUCUUGCUCCGCCCUUACUCUCUCCUCCUCUAACACCGCUGACCUUGUGCCAUGGAAGCUCCAGCGCUUGGUUACGGAUUUCCAGUCCCUACCUGAACCUGUCGAUCGUAUUAAACGUUUGCUGCAUUAUGCUUCCCUCCUGCCUUCUAUGCCCAACUCGGCUCGGGUAGACGCUAACCGGGUCGUGGGGUGCACCGCGCGGGUUUGGUUGGAGGUCAAAAUGGAUGAAGAUGAGAAAAUGAAGUUCUGGGCAGACAGCGAUUCGGAGAUUACGAGAGGGUUCUGCUCCUGUCUGAUUACUGUGCUGGACGGAGCUGGGCCAGAGGAGGUUUUGAAAAUGAAGACGGAGGAUUUGGCGGCGUUGAAUGUGGGGCUGCCGGGAGGAGAGAGGUCUCGAGUUAAUACGUGGCACAACAUAUUGGUCAGCAUGCAGAAGAGGACAAAAGCGUCGGUGGCUGAGCGAGAAGGGAAGGCCCCUUUCGAGCCCUUUCCUUCCCUUGUGGUGACUGCUGAUCAGGUUCAAGCUAAGGGGAGCUACGCGGAAGCUCAGGCUAGAUAUUUGUUCCCUGAUGAGACUAAAGUUCAAGAACUCGUCAGUGUUCUAAAGGAGAAGAAAAUUGGAGUUGUCGCUCAUUUUUAUAUGGACCCUGAAGUGCAAGGUGUCUUAACUGCUGCACAAAAGCACUGGCCUCAUAUUCAUAUAUCUGAUUCAUUGGUCAUGGCAGAUAAAGCUGUUAACAUGGCAAAGGCUGGAUGCGAAUUUAUAACUGUUUUAGGUGUAGAUUUUAUGUCAGAGAAUGUUCGUGCAAUUCUUGAUCAGGCUGGUUUCGGGAAGGUUGGUGUAUACAGGAUGUCAGAUGAACGUAUAGGUUGUUCCUUGGCAGAUGCUGCUCGUGCUCCUGCUUAUAUGAAUUAUCUUGAAGCUGCUUCAAGCUCUUCUCCCUCACUGCAUGUUAUUUACAUAAAUACUUCACUGGAGACAAAAGCUUAUGCCCAUGAGCUUGUUCCCACAAUUACCUGUACAUCUUCCAACGUUGUCCAGACAAUUCUGCAGGCCUUUUCUCAAAUUCCGGACUUAAAUAUUUGGUACGGGCCUGAUUCUUACAUGGGUGCAAACCUUGCAAAGUUGUUUCAGCAGAUGACGUUCAUGACUGAUGAAGAAAUAGCUGAGGUACAUCCGAAACAUAACAGACAGUCGAUCAAAUCUUUGCUACCUUGCCUGCACUAUUUUCAGGAUGGGACAUGUAUUGUACAUCACCUUUUUGGACAUGAAGUUGUGGAAAAGAUACAUGAAAUGUAUUGUGAUGCCUUUCUAACUGCACAUCUUGAAGUCCCCGGAGAAAUGUUUUCUUUGGCAAUGGAAGCAAAGAGAAGAGGGAUGGGGGUGGUGGGGUCCACUCAAAAUAUAUUAGAUUUCAUAAAACAGAGAGUUCAAGAAGCAUUAGAUAGAAAGGUGGAUGAACAUCUCCAAUUUGUGCUAGGAACAGAAUCAGGCAUGAUCACUUCAAUUGUUGCAGCAGUUCGCGAACUAUUAGGUUCUGCAAAAUCUUCGGACACAAAAGCAAAAGUUAAAGUUGAAAUUGUCUUUCCAGUUUCGUCAGAAUCGGUGACAAAAACACCAACAAGUUCAUCUCCUGACCGACAAUCAGUUGGUGACGUUGGUCUACCCAUUGUACCUGGAGUUGCUAGUGGAGAGGGGUGUUCUAUUCAUGGUGGAUGUGCAUCUUGUCCAUACAUGAAGAUGAAUUCUCUUGCGUCAUUGUUGAAAGUAUGCCAUAACCUACCUGAUAAGAAAAAUAUACUUCUGCCAUAUGAAGCUGCCCGAUUUAAGUCCCAGAUGCAUUCAGGAAAAUCAAUUGCAGACGUUGGGUGUGAGCCAAUUUUACACAUGCGACAUUUUCAGGCUAAGAAGGAGCUGCCAGAGAAGCUAGUUUGCCAGGUGCUACAUCCCUCUGGUGAUGGAAGAUAGUAAUCCUCCAACGAAGCCAUAAUUGUUAUGCAGAAGCGAAAUCUGAGGACAGCCGCAUAUUGUGAUUUUCUCUCCAUGGAGUAUACCAUUCAGCUUCCGGGAAAAUUUUACCAGAUCAAUGGGUUUGCUGGAUGAAAUAAAGGCCAUAAUAGAAAUUUUGUUUAGUAAUAAUAGAAUAAUGAUGUAACAGAAUCACGAUUACAAUAUGUUGCUUGGGGUUCAUCAUUAGGAAUAGUUCAUCACAGUUUUAUUUUAUAUUUGAUUCGAUGAUACAUGAAAUGAAAUAGAAGUGUAAUAUAUUGUAAAUGACUAUAGGAAUAUAUUAAGUUAAUGCACUCUUAAAACUAA